CGUUCCUGUUUGAAUAUUAGUCGUACUAAACAUGUGCCAGUUUUGUAUAUGAAUGUAGAACCCUUUACAGCCAUGACAUCAACACCACCAAGGAUCAUUCUUUUAUUCAGUGGGAAGCGAAAGUCAGGAAAGGACUAUGUGACAGAUUUAAUACAGAAAAGACUGACAGCAGAGAUGUGCUGCAUACUCAGACUGUCUGCACCUCUCAAACAGCAGUAUGCUCAGGAUCAUAGUCUUGACUACGAGCAGCUGUUGGGUUCUGGUCAGUAUAAGGAGAGUUAUCGUGCUGACAUGAUCCGCUGGGGUGAGAUGAAGAGACAGCAGGACUCGGGCUUCUUCUGUAGACUGGCCAUCAAACAUGCCACACAGCCCAUCUGGAUUAUCAGCGAUUGCAGAAGGAUGUCAGACGUGCAGUGGUUCCAUGAAGAGUUUCCUGAGAGAUGUAUCUGUGUUCGGGUGGAGGCUUCUGAGCAGACGAGAGCACAGAGGGGCUGGAGAAUUACCACAGGUAUAGACGACGCCGAGUCCGAGUGUGGUUUGGACGAGGGUGUGAAGUUUGACUAUAUCAUUAGGAACGAUGGAGCUGAUGACAUUCUGGAGAAACAGCUGGAGGAUCUACUGUCUUUGAUAAAGUCACGGGAGAAGGAAUCAAACACACAAAAUAACAUUAAACCAGAAAAAUAAAA